CCACCCCACAAUAUAAUUUACUAUACACUGAUCACUACCCCACUCCCACACCCACCACUACUAGUAUUAGUAUAGUAGUACUACCAUAUAUAUAUAUAUAUAUAUAUAUAUAUAUACUCGAUCGGCGUGUGAGUGACUUACAUCGACAAACAAUCAAGCUAGCGAAAUUAAAGAGAAGAAGUAAAGAAAGGAUGACGGGGAAAGAAGAUGAGUCAAUGAGAAAGGGGCCAUGGACAGAAGAAGAGGACGUUCAGUUGGUGUUCUACGUGAACUUAUUCGGAGACCGGCGCUGGGAUUUCAUAGCCCAAGUUUCAGGUUUGAAGGUGGCGGGAGACGCGAAAUAGGUCUCAAAAGAACCGGCAAGAGCUGCCGUCUCCGCUGGGUCAACUACCUCCACCCCGGCCUCAAGAGGGGCAAGAUGACCCCCCACGAAGAGCGCCUUGUUCUCCAACUUCACUCCAAAUGGGGAAACAGAUGGUCGAGAAUCGCCCGCAAAAUACCUGGUCGCACUGACAACGAGAUCAAGAACUACUGGCGCACCCACAUGAGGAAGAAGGCUCAGGAACAGAAGAAGAAGUCCACCAUUCCCCAAUCUCCGACCUCCUCCUCCCUCACUUCCUCCUCUUCCACGGCAACCAAGGGCCCCAGCUUCUACGACACCGGUGGGAUGGAGGACUUUGUCAGCAAGAAGCCGGCUGCGGAAGAUGUCUACUCCAUGGAUGAGAUAUGGAAGGACAUAGAGCAGGGCAGCAACUUGACAGCCCAACCAAUCACAGUAUGGGAUUUCCCAACGAAUGAUCUCAAAGCUAUGUGGUCCAUUAAUGAGGAAGAGAGCAAGAUGCUCAACUACGAUUCUUUCCCUUUUUACAAUCACCAUAUGACUGGCUAACAUUCAUUUUUUAAGGUAUAAAUAUAGUAAUUAAGAAGAUUUGUUGAUAUGUGUCGUUUUCAUAGUAUAAGCUGGCAGGUGCUAACUUUUUGUAUAGGUUUAGGGCUCCAGCAGUUACUUAUCAUGUCGUUAAUCUUAAGUAGUUUGGUUUGAAUGUUUCUAAUAAUAGACGAGAGAGCUAGCUUCUAAUAACCUCUCUUAAUUUGUACCUAUCUGUCUGGCUACAUGUUCUGAUAUAAAUAUAUAUGCUUUAUGUCUUGUUGAA